AUGGCCUUUGGGUGUGAGCAAACAACACUAUCUGGACAGAAAUCAGCAACACCUCCGAAUCGCAAAAAGAAAACCACAGCAAGACUGUUCACACCAGUCAAGAAGAUAAAAACAGGUGUGACUCAACGGAUCUCCUUAGGUCCUAGACCUCAGCGAAUUGUCAAGCCAACAGCUAUCGUCCCGUUGAAAGUCAGAGGACUCCAGAGCCACAAAGAAAUUGAGAUUCAACGUUUCUCAUCGAAUUCGAACGCUACAGCUGUCCUUCUAGAAAAGGCCGGCCCACACGAAGGCUUCGAAGAAGCGAACGGACGAUCAGCUAAAAUGGGUCGAUCAAGGUAUACCACAGCAAAAUUCCGUCAACAGGCCCGGCCUCGCCGAGAAGCGCAAGCAGUAUUGCCCGCGAUCGUAGUCGAGGUCAAACAACAGUCUUGCGAAGAUGUUGACAUGACCGACAUCUCCAACCUUUUGGACAUCACAGCUGCCAGUACCAAAAACAAACCUCAAAUCUAUCACGAAAGUCCGCAAAAUGUCAACAUGCUUGACAGCUUCUCAAGUGCAAGAAAGAGUGCUGGCGACCGAUCGAAGCGGAACGUUCACUUCACAAACACCGACCAAAUCCAACCUUUCGAUAAAAUCCACAAGCCAAAAGACGUCAAGUUGCUACAGGCAUCAACCCAAGCCACGUCAGAAAGGUUAUCUUUCCUCCGCAACCCCAAGAUGUACGACUCCGACAUCCGUCUGCAGGUGUGUGGCUCGAAGCUGAAAAGGCCGGUGCUUCUCAACCUUGCAGGGACAAAAAAUAUGGAUGCUUUGUGGAAGGACGUACAACUGCUGCGAAAAAUUACAACACGUCCUCAGCAAGUGCUGUUCCGGCUGGAAGAGGAGAGCAAGCCCAUGGGCUACGACACGAUGGAAGAUGAGAAACGCCAUAAAUUUGGCACCAGAGCUGACACACAGUUUCCUGCGUUCAUAACAAGAUGUCAGGAGGCUGCAAGGGCGAAGGUAAUGGCUUCUGAAGAGACGGACAGUGGCAUGGGUGCCAGAGUCCGUGGAAGUGGAGGUGUGAGACGUAGCCGGCGCCUCAUGGGUAGCGGUGUUGUGGGUGUCAUUGAGCUAGUCUGGAAGGAAUAG